AUGGCACCCCAACCAAGUACAGAGCAGAAUUUCCGCUCUAAUCUCUCUCAAUUCCGAUGGGCUCAAGGCAACAAUGACGAUUCACAACAAACUCAAGCCAGCCAACAGUCGAGUAACCCGUUCUCAAGGUUCUAUAACGCGGUCGGAGGCGCCUAUAUACCCUUACGCUCGACGGAUCGAUCGAAUGAGGAUGAGGCAUAUUUCGCGCUGUCGAGAUGGGAGAGACUGCUCGGGUUCCUGGGAUGUUUAGCAGGAGCUGCUGUUUGCUUUGCGGUUGCAUUCUUCACGCUACCAUUGCUGGCUCUUCGACCGGCCAAGUUUGCUCUAGCUUUUAGCUUGGGAAGUCUACUGGUCAUGUUCGGUUUCUCCGUACUAAUUGGACCAAUAAACCACGCAAAACACCUCAUCUCGAAAGAGCGACUGCCCUUCUCUAUUGCUUACCUCUCCAGUCUCGGUCUCACGCUAUAUUUCGCUCUCGGACCACAUUCCUACCUUGGCUCACUUCUAUGUGCAGUCGUCCAGGUGGUCGCACUGGUAUCAUAUAUCCUUGCAUAUUUUCCCGGAGGUAUCCAAACACUCCGUUUCGGUGGCCAGAUGGCUCUCAGAGGAGCAGGCAGUCUCCUUCCUGUCUGAUCAUGAUUCAUCCUCCUUGUGCGGCUCCUUGUCAAAUACUUACUUUUACAUACACUUACUAUAGCAUGCGGAUUCUUUUCUCUGAUUGUAUACGGUUAAUGGGGAUCAUCGUCAUCAAAAAUUGCUGCCUAAUGUCAGGAUGAUUCUCACCAGGUAUCACAAGUAGCAUUUUGCAAGAAAGCACUUUUGCAGAAC